UCGCACCCACUACUACUGUUGCGCUCAUCAUCAACAUAUUCUCGUCGAACUUUUUUUUACUUGUUACGUUGAUUUUGUGGCGUUUAAAAUUGCGAUUAACCAGCGCCAAAAGCCGUGCGAACAUGUGCUAAAAGCGUAAAUGCAUUGGUAGAAAAGAAAUUAAUUAAUUUCCGGAGACAUUCCAGCUAAAAGCGAAGGUGUGUGCGUGUACUUGCGACGACGGGCCGUGUGUGUUGAAAUUUUUUUGUCGCGUUGUAAAAUUUUGCAUUUGGAAGCUGACGCGUUGGGCAGUUUUGUUAAAGAGAGCAAGCGGGAGAGCGAGAGUGCAACGAAAUAGCGGCCGGCUGUUAGUCCGUGUGUGUGAGUGCGUGUGUGGGAGUGUGUGUGUGGAAGAUCUGCAAAGGAAAAACCGUUCGUUUCGCUAAUUUGUGUUGUUGCCGCCGCCCAGCAACAAAAAGAAAACACAAAGGCGCGUAGGCCGGCAGAAAAGGAAACAAAAAUAAAUAAAGAAAAAGAGUGCGAAAAAAGGCUGCCACACAAGUGAUUCAACGUUUCUCGCCGCCACAAUGAAUUCCGAGCAUGGGUUCAAUCCAGCCUUCAAUAUGGCCACCAUACGGCAAGCAUUCACAGAGGCGGUGGAGAGAGUCAGAAUGCCCACGCCCACACGCCUGCGCGACCUCAUCCGACAGAUUCGCGCCGCCAGAACCGCAGCCGAGGAACGGGCGGUGGUCAACAAAGAGUGCGCCUACAUACGGAGCACGUUCCGCGAGGAGGACUCCGUCUGGCGCUGUCGCAACAUUGCCAAGCUGCUGUACAUACACAUGCUCGGCUAUCCGGCUCACUUUGGCCAACUGGAGUGCCUUAAGCUGACGGCCAGCACGCGGUUCACAGACAAGCGGAUCGGCUACCUGGGCGCCAUGCUGCUUCUGGAUGAACGGCAGGAUGUCCACCUGCUCAUCACCAACUGCUUGAAGAAUGACUUGAACAGCUCGACGCAGUUCGUCGUGGGCCUGGCGCUGUGCACUCUGGGAGCGAUUGCCUCCCCGGAGAUGGCUCGGGAUCUGGCCAGUGAGGUGGAGCGUCUGAUGAAGUCCCCGAACACGUACAUCCGCAAAAAGGCAACGCUGUGCGCCUUCCGCGUCAUCCGCCGUGUGCCCGAACUAAUGGAGAUCUUCUUGCCGGCCACACGAUCCCUGCUCAGCGAGAAGAAUCACGGCAUUUUGAUCACUGGCGUAACGCUGAUCACGGAGAUGUGCGAGAACAGCUCGGACACGCUGAUGCAUUUCAAGAAGGAUAGCGGAAAUCGAGAGAUUGUGCCGAACCUGGUGCGCAUCCUGAAGAACCUAAUCCUGGGCGGCUAUUCACCGGAGCACGAUGUCAGCGGCGUGAGCGAUCCGUUCCUGCAGGUCAAGAUCCUGCGGCUGCUGCGCAUCCUGGGCCAUAACGAUCCGGAUGCCUCCGAGGCGAUGAACGACAUCCUGGCCCAGGUGGCCACCAAUACGGAGACGAGCAAGAAUGUGGGCAACACGAUCCUGUACGAAACUGUGCUCUCCAUCAUGGACAUUCGCUCGGAGGGUGGACUGCGCGUUCUGGCCGUCAAUAUUCUGGGGCGAUUCCUGCUCAAUUCGGACAAGAACAUACGCUAUGUGGCGCUCAACACGCUGCUGCGAACGGUCCACGCCGACACGUCGGCGGUGCAGCGACAUCGCACCACGAUUCUGGAGUGCCUCAAGGAUCCGGACGUCUCGAUUCGCCGCCGGGCCAUGGAGCUCUCGUUCGCGCUGAUCAAUGCACAAAACAUACGUACAAUGACCAAGGAGCUGCUGCUAUUCCUCGAGAAGGCCGACGCCGAGUUCAAGGCGCAGUGCAGCUCGGGCAUGAUCCUUGCCGCCGAACGCUAUUCGCCGACCACGCGCUGGCACCUGGACACCCAGCUGAGUGUCCUUAUCGCGGCCGGGAAUUAUGUGCGCGACGACGUCGUCUCCUCCACCAUCCAGCUGGUGUCCAGCAGUCCCGUCCCGGAGCAGACGUACAUCACCAAUCGAUUCUGGGAGUCGCUGCAGGUGGCCAACCACUGCGAGGACAAGCAGCCGCUCCUGCAGGUCGCCGUCUGGGCCAUAGGCGAGUACGGCGACCUCUUCAUGUACGGCGCCAACGAAGAUGAGUUUGAAAGACCCACUGAGAGCGAUCUGAUCGCUGUGUAUCAUAAGUUUUUAACCUCUGCUCAAGUCUCGACCACAAGCAAGCAAUACGCUCUGGUCUCCCUAGCGAAGCUAAGCACGCGUCUGCAGCAAUGCGUGGAGGAAAUCCAGGCGCUGAUCACGUCAUUCGGCAGCCAUCUGAACGUGGAUCUGCAGCAGCGCGGCGUGGAGUUCACGCAGCUGUUCGGCCACUACAAGCACCUGCGUCCGCCGCUGCUGGAGAAGAUGCCGGCGAUGCAGAUCAGCAGGAUUAGCUCGCAGAACGGCGAGAGCGGCGGCGGCUCCUUCGACGACAACAGUCCGGAUGUGAUUGAAAAUGGCGUUGAGGGAGGCGGCGGCGGCGGUGGUGGCGGAUACUCACUUAUCGAAAGCAAUACGAAUGCUCUGGGCAACAACACGAACAUUCUGUUGGAUUUGCUGGGCAGCACGGAUCUGUCGGCGGGCGGCGCUGGCGAUUUGGUGACGGCCACGGAUCUCUCGAAUGCCGUGCAUAAAAAGAACUCGCGCAAUGCCAACGAUGUGGCGGCACCGGUGUCCAACAACCAGGAUCUGUUGGAUCUGCUCGACUUGGAUCUGACCACGCCCUCGUCCGCGACGACGGGUGCGCCUGCGGGCGGAGGAGGAGGUGGCGGCGGUGGCAUCUUGGCCCUGGCCGGCGAUAACAACCAGAGCAGUGCGGCGAACAUGAACAACAUGCUGGGUGGCCUGGAUUUGGGCGGCUUUGGCUCCGGUCUGGAUGGUUCGGCUAGCAUACCCACGAACGGCAACGAUCUGGCCAGCAUGCUGGGUGGACUAGGUGGUGUUCCCGCUGCCGCAGCGGCUCCAGCUCCCGUUGGCAACCUCAUCGACGGCCAUGCCGGCAGUCUGCUGGGCGAUCUGAAUCCCACGGCAGCCUCCAACAAUGUUGCAGUGCCUCCACAGGGUCCCAGGUUGACGGCGCUGGACAGGGAUGGAUUGCUGGUGCAACUGGUUUCGGUCAGGGGCAACGAUUGCAUGCGCAUCUAUAUGACGACCACGAAUAACUCAGAAAAUACCCUGGAGCAGUACUUGCUGAAGGCGGCGGUGCAGAGGAGUUUCCAGCUGCAAAUGCUGACGCCUUCCGGUUCGGUGCUGCCCCCCGGUGGAGUGAUCACGCAAGAAAUGCGCGUGGUGGCCACAUCAAAUGCGACACUGCGGAUGCGUCUGCGCAUCCAGUACGUGCUCGAUGGGCAGCAGCAGGUGGAGCAGACGGAGGUCAGUGGCUUUCCGGAGCAGCAGCCACCGGCGACCGAGGAGUAGAACUGCAACUGUAUUAAAGCAAAACCAGAUUAGCCUAAUAUCGGAAGUAAUUCAACACGGGCAACACUUGCGCAGCAACAACAACAGCAACACUAAAAAACACACACUGUGGUUGUCACACAUUUAUUGUAAAAUAAGUUAUCACACACGCAGUUGAAACAAAACAAAACAAAACAAAGCAAAUCAAAACAAAACAAAGCAAAACACAGAGACACCCACACAAUCGCAAUCGCAAACGCAGACGCAAACACAAUCGCAUCUAGAUCAGAGCAUUUUCCCGAUCGGCGCACAGCGUUCUAAGACUCAGACUGUUUUUUAAGCGGAAUAGUCCAAAGUCGGCGCUCGGAAGCAGUUAAAAAAAAAAAAGAAGAGGGGAUACCCCCAAAAGCAGUUAACUUAUAUAUUUUUUCUAAUUUAUAUCUAUACCUAUAUAUAUAUAAACACACUACUUGUCAAAUCAAAUUCAUUACGUUUAUCUUGUUUUACUGUCUUAAACUAUCUCAUUUUAAAUGGUGUGUAAACUUUUGUGUGUAAAAGACAACUUUCAGUUUUAAUUUAAGACAAUAAAAGUCAAUCCCGCUAACAAAUGGCAACUAACAAAAGCAACAAAAAAAACAAAAAACAGAUAACAGAAAUGAAACGAAAGAAAUGUAUUAAAACCGAUUGUGAAAUUAUGUAGCAAAAGCAUUUAAAAAAGCUUAGCAUUUUAAAGGAAUCGAAACGAAGCGAGUAGGAUGAUGUUUGAUGCCAUUUCGAGCAGUUUAUUUGUUAUUUCCUAUGUAUAUGUAAUGAGUGUUUGUUUCCCCGUCCUGAGUCCUAUUAAUCGGUUAAUCGGUUCCGGCUUCCGUUGGACCCCUCUGAUAUUCCUUUUUAUUUAGCCCACAAAACCGCAUUCAUAUUAUAAAUAUAUAUACAAACACACCGAAACGAACACACACACUCGACCACGCGGAUAUAUAUUAUAUUAUGUAUUGUUAUUUCCUGUGCGCACGUACUUAAAGCGGAGAAUCAGCAGCAACCAGAGAAAGUCGAAAGAGAAAAACAAAACAAAAGAUAACAAAACAAACCAGAUAGCACUGUGGAAAACUAGAUAAUAUCUAUGAUAAAUAUAAUUGUAACGGAGGUGGACGCAGCUUAGAACUAUAUAAACUGAUUAGUUGCCGUCGCCGAGGACGAUGAUGAGGGGCAUCGAGAAGCAAAGAAAAUCCAUUAACUAUUAUUAUUAUUAUGAUUAUAAAUGAAUUAUGCAGCUGUAUGAGACGGAAAGAGAGAGAGAGAGAGAUAAGAGAAAAAUAAUAACAUUAACAUAUUGUACAAUAUAUUAUUAUUUUUGUAUUAUUAUCAUUUCCUUUUAUAUCUACUUAUAUUCCACAAACCUUUUGAGCCGAAAUAAACAAACGAUUUCGUUUUAUCGAAGGACAA